GAGCCUAACUCGCGUCCAAACUUAACCGUUUGAGAGUAAAGCGAUCAUGGGUUCUUCUUCUAGAAAUCUUUAUGCAGGAAUUGGAGAAGGUCAAUCAACCUCGAGGCCACCGCUCUUUGAUGGCACUAACUACACAUAUUGGAAAGAGCGGAUGAGAAUUUAUAUCCGCUCAACCAACUUUCAGUUGUGGUUGGUCAUUAAGAAUGGCGAGGUUACUCCAAUGAAGAAGGUUGGUGAAAAACUCGUCCCAAAGACCGAGGACGAAUUUGAUGCCGAAGACAUCAAAAAGGUGGAGAACUACGCCAAGGCUAUCAAUAUGCUGUACUGUGCCGUCAAUCCUGAUGAUUAUCGUACGGACCAAGUUCGGGAAGCCAAAAUUGACUUCCUAACGCAGGAGUACGAAAUGUUCAGGAUGAAGGAAGGAGAAAAGAUCGAUGACAUAUUCGAUCGGUUUUCAAAAAUCAUCAACGACCUUCACGCUCUCAAGAAGACGUACACCAACAGGGAUCUCGUGAGGAAAAUCCUGCGAAGACUCACACCCGAAUGGAGAUCAAAGGCAGACGCAAUCUAUGAAUCCAUCGGAGUCUCAAAUGUCACCAUCGACGGGCUAAGAGGUAAUCUCAAAACUUAUGAAUCCACUAUCCUAACCCCAUCUUUGGAUGAACAAAAGAAGAAGGGUAUAGCGCUGAAAGCAACCAAGGAGUCCGUGGAAGAUGACUCAAGCAACGAUGACAACGAGUUCGGACUCGUUAUCAAGAAGUUCCACAAAUUCAUGAAGAAAGAAUUUGAAAGAAAAGGAAGAAAGCACGACGGGCCCCCGAAGUGCUAUGGUUGUGGUGAGAUAGGCCACAUCAAGCCGAGGUGUCCAAAAAGCAAAGGCAGCAAGGACAAACCUGGCUUCAAAAAGCAACGCGCCUACAUCUCUUGGGGAGGCGACUCCGGGGAUGAGUCAACGGAUCAAGAAGAGGAGGAAGCCGCCAACCUCUGCCUCAUGGCGCACGAAGAUAAAACUGACGACGUUCAAGAG